AUGGCUAAGAACAUUUUGGCCAAGGACCAGUUCGUCAAGCUGAUCGUCGGUGCCGGCCAGGCCUCGCCCAGUCCGCCCGUCGGUCCUGCUCUGGGUAGUAAGGGUGUCAAGAGCAUGGACUUCUGCAAGGUGAGCGCUUUCAGCCCUUUUGAAGAUCGAGUCGCAUCUAACAAUCGAUUGAAGGAAUUCAACGCCCGCACUGCCCACAUCAACCCCGGAGUUCCCAUUCCGGCGCGCGUCACCGUUCGCCCCGAUCGGUCCUUCACCUUCGAUCUCCGCACCCCGACCACCACCUAUCUCCUGCUCAAUGCCGCCAACGUGGAGCCCCGGAAGAAUCGUCUGCGCGGAGCCAUGAACCCCGGCCACGAGAUCUGCGGCAAGAUCUCGCUCAAGCACGUCUACGAAAUCGCCCAGAUCAAACACACUGAGACGCGGUUAUCGGGAUUGAGCCUACCAGGGUUGUGCAAGAGUGUCAUCUCGCAGGCCAAGUCUAUUGGCAUCCAGGUUGUCCCUUGA